AUGUUCUCCAAUAUUUCCUUGACUCUGCAACUCCUACCCAUCCUCGCUCUCACAACUUUGCUCACCCGCCUGACAUGGAGCUACCUACGUCUCCGACACAUUCCAGGCCCAUUCAUUGCAAGCCUCACAGACCUGUGGCGACUCAUCGAUGUAUGGCGACGAGAUGCCCAUAACACUCAUAUCCACCUCCACGCCAAGUACGGCGACGUCGUCCGAAUUGGCCCGAACACGGUACUCGUCUCCAGGCCAGACAUCGUGCAAGAUGUAUACGGAAUAAGCAAAGGCUUCGUCAAGUCCGAAUUCUACCACGUCUGGCAGAACAUCGUCAAUGGCAAGCGAGCCGCUUCUCUCGUCUUCACCACGGACGAAGCCGAACAUGCCAAGAUGAAACGGCCGAUUGCAUCAGCAUACUCCUUAUCCACACUCGUCGAGUUCGAGCCAUUGAUCGACUCCACCACCGCCGUCUUCCUCUCCCGACUCGACGAGGUCUUCGCCAACACGGGCAAAGUCUGCGAUCUUGGAACCUGGCUCCAGUGGUAUGCCUUCGAUGUCAUCGGGGAGCUCACCCUCUCCCAACGCCUAGGCUUCCUCGAACAAGCCAAAGACGUACGAGGCAUCAUCGCCUCCGUAGCCGCCAACUUCGACCGCUGCUCAGUCCUCGGCCAAAUGCCCUGGCUCGAUCUAUGGACUUACAAGAACCCGCUCUACCUGCACUUCCUCGCAAAACCCGUCUCCAACCCGAUCCUCCUCUUCGGCCAAAAACUCCUCCAAGACCGCCUCAACGACCUCGAACCACCACCCUCAACGCUCCAAGUCCAGGACCCGACCCUCUGCACCAAAAUCCUCCACGGCACCCUCCCCUCCAAACCAGACUUCCUCUCCCGCUUCCUCCACCUGCACGCCGAACAGCCCGACAUCGUCACGGACCGCGCCCUCCUCACCUACCUCUUCAUGAACAUCAACGCCGGCAGCGACACCAUCGCCUCCACCCUCCGCGCAAUCCUCUACUACCUCCUCAAAACGCCAACCUCCCUCUCCACCCUCCACCACGAACUCUCCACCGCCGCCCGAAAAGGGCACCUAACCCUCCCCCUCCCAUCCUGGACCGAAUCCCGCACCCUCCCCUACCUCAACGCAGUUAUAACCGAAUCCCUCCGCCUUAACCCCGCCCUCGGCCUCCCACUCGAACGAAUCGUCCCCGCCACAGGCCUCCACCUCGGUCAAAUCUACAUUCCUCCAGGCACGGUCGUCGGCGUCAACCCCUGGGCUCACCACCGCAACGCGGAAAUCUUCGGGCCCGACGCCGCGGAUUGGAGACCGGAGCGGUGGAUUGAGGCGUCCCCGGAGCAGGUCAAGUAUAUGGAGGGGAAUUUGUUGACGUUUGGGGCGGGGAAGAGGACUUGUUUGGGGAGGAAUAUUGCCAUGUUGGAAUUGACGAAACUAGUCCCUGCGUUGGUGAUGAGGUAUGAGAUGGAAUUGGAAGAUCCGAGGAGGGAGUGGAGGGUGGUGAAUAGUUUUGCGGUGAGGCAGGAGGGGUUGGACGUAUUGAUCAAGAAGAGAUGA